CUAGCCUCAAUCCGCUUGCUUGUUUGUCUCACUAGAAGCGCCCUGGACCGGGCAGCGGGACACGCGGCAGGAGGAGAAUGAAAGAGGACCUCAUUGGAGAAGACGACGAGAUGCCGUCCUUCAGAUACAGGCCAAAUGGCCGGACGAGGACCAACUGCAGCCAGUGUGAGAAGACCCUGACGCUCCAAACGUCCGUGAAAGUGCUGUACGUCUUUGUCGUCUUGCUGGUGCUGACGGUCGUGGUGCUGGCAGCUCUGGUCUUCAAGAAGGUGGAUUCUAUAGCUGAUGACGUUAACUCAGCUCAGACAUACUAUGAGAAGAAGAUUGUGUCGGUCCAGGAGAACCUUCAGGAGCUGGACCAGAAAUCGGUGGCCAACUGCUCCUUCUGCCACGACACAGGCCGGCUCGGGCAGGAAAUUAGCCGACUGCAGGAGGAGCUGGAGGAGAUUCAGAAGAAGCUCUUGGCCCAGGAGGUGCUGCUUGACCGGGCUGGACAAACCCACCAGCAGCUUUCCUCCUCCAGCAACAAGAUCACCGUCGAGGUGGACAACUGCUUCUCUGCCAUUCAGAAAGUCAACCAGAGUUUGGGUCUCUUCUUGGCCCAGGUAAGGGGCUGGCAGGCCGCCACCUCUGAGCUGGGCAGCUCACUCAAGGAGCUGUCGCAGGAGCGCUUUGACAUUGAAGCUGUCGUGCAGCAGAUGAACUUCACUGUGGGGCAGACCUCAGACUGGGCCCAUGUCAUCCAGAGGAGGACCAGCGAGGAGACCCUGACCCUGCAGAAGAUUGUGACCGAGUGGCAGAACUACACCCGUCUCUUUGGGAGCUUGAGGGCCACCUCCUCCAAAACAGGCGAGCUGGUCAAGAGCAUCCAGACCAGCUUAGGCAUCGCCUCGCAAAGGAUCAGCCAGAACUCGGAGGGGAUGCACGACCUCGUCCUCCAGGUGAUGAGCUUACAGUUGCAGCUGGACAACGUCUCCUCCUUCCUGGACGACCAUGAGGAAAACAUGCACGACUUUCAGUACCACACCCGGUACACGCAGAACCGGACCGCUGAACGCUUUGAGACCUUGGAGGGCCGCAUGACCUCCCACGAGAUCGAGAUCAGCACCAUCUUCACUAACAUCAAUGCCACGGACAGCCAUGUGCACAGCAUGCUCAAGUACCUGGACGACGUCCGGCUCUCUUGCACGCUAGGCUUCCACACGCACGCCGAGGAGCUCUACUACCUGAACAAAUCAGUCAGCCUCAUGCUGAGCACCACGGACCUCCUACGGGAGCGCUUCAGCCUGCUCAGCGCCCGGCUAGACUUCGACAUCCGCAACCUCUCCAUGGUCAUGGAAGAGAUGAAGACUGUUGACACCCAUCAUGGGGAGAUCCUGAGGAACGUCACCAUCUUGCGAGGUGUUCCUGGCCCCCCAGGCCCCAGAGGAUUCAGAGGCGACCUCGGCAUAAAGGGUCCCCCCGGAAGCAGAGGACCGAAAGGUGACCCCGGGAACUUGGGGCCCCCGGGGCCCCAGGGGAAGCGAGGUUCCCCAGGCCCCCCGGGCCCACAAGGCGAGAGAGGCUCCGUGGGUACCAAAGGCCUCCCCGGAUUCAAAGGGGUCAAGGGCAGCUUUGGACAAGGCGGGGGCAAAGGGCAGGCCGGCCCAAAGGGAGACGGGGGGCCCAGGGGGGCCCAGGGGGCGCCAGGGCCAGCCGGACCGCACGGGCCACCGGGGAAACCGGGCAUCCCUGGCCAGCGAGGUUCGCCUGGCCCCAUGGGGCCACCUGGGCCGAAAGGGGACCCUGGGGUACGAGGUCGGCCAGGGUCACCAGGGGGCCCCGGGCUCCCAGGACUGUGAGCGGCUCCUGCUUCCCCCACGAGAGAGACAGCGGUGGAUGUGGGCAGCAGA